AUGACCUCCAUCGUCAACGGAGCGACCCCCGCGCCCAAGCAGAUCCGCUUCGUCACAAACCAAGGCCAUCCGCCAUCAAAAAGACGCAGGAUCAACGCCGCAUGCCUGACCUGCCGCAAACGAAAGACGAGAUGCGCCGGCGAGCGCCCCAGCUGCUCGACUUGCGCCAAGAACGGGCAUACCUGCUUGGGGUACAAUGAAGUGAUUGAGAAGAAAACUUCAAGUGGCGCCAUCGCCACCCGAGAUCCCCACCGUGACGAGGACGACGACGGAGAGGAAGACGAAGACGAGGACGAACACAUUCGGGAAGAAGAAGGGGUAAACCACGACAAGGGGAAACAUGGAAAAAAUACAGCUAGCAGUCGGCGUCUCUCUGGGCUCCAAUCGGAAAGCGAACAACCGCCCGAGAGCAUCACCGACGCCAACGCAGGCCACUUGCCGACCUUCUUGCGACGUUCGUCAGAACAUAGCUCUCGUGACCAAGACCAGAGCUCUCGACCCGGACGACCUUUACAUCCUCGCACAACAUCCUUCUCCGACGAUGCGCGCAGUACGCAGAGCCGCUCCCCUAUCUCGCACCAUACCGAGCGCCACAGGGUGCCAUACUUUCGCUACUUCGGGCCAACGGCCAUCGUUCCCGGGUACAAGCAGAUGGUGGUGUCUGUACGUGACCGCAGGCGAAGCACUGGCGGCUCUAUCGGUGCUACAUCUCCCAGCUCGGGUUCUAGUGUAGUUCAGUCCAUGGGGAUGGCUCUGUCAGGCAUACCUCAGCAUGAGGAGGCUGCUGUUGCCGACGAGGAUCUGCCUGUUUACGACCCCAACGAUACUGCGCCAGUCCACCCUCUCGUUCUACACCUGGUCAAAAUCUUCUUCUUACAUUUGGGCUGCAACUACCCCUUUCUGAAGGAGGACAACUUCGUCCGUAUGGUCAAAGAGAAACGCGUCGAGCCUAUUCUUGUCGAUGCUGUGUGCGCGUUGGCUGCUCGUUUCUCCGACUCGUCACAACUCGGGCACAGCAAAGAUGAAGAGGCGUCCCAUGCAGAGCAAGGCCAGUUCUAUGCCCACAGAGCAAAGGCUGCCACUGUCGACACCUUUCCUUGCCCAUCAGUAGGUGCUGUCCAGGCGCUUUUGAUGAUGGCAUACGAAGGUUUUGGAGCGGAUCAAGACAGUGCUUUGUGGAUGUACUUGGGUCUGGCCAUCCGCAUGGCUGUUGACCUGGGCUUGCAGAAGAUGGUCGGCGUUAUAUAUCAAGGAGAAAGAGACCCUUGGUAUACUCGCCACGGAGACCAAGCAAGCAGUGAUGCGGGAGCGACCGAAGGUCCCCAAGAGGACGAUAAUGGUCUCACCCGCGAAGAACAGCUCGAAGUUGAACAAGAACGGACUGACACGUUCUGGGCAGUCUUCGUUCUAGACAGAGUGAUAUCUUCUGGAACUGGCAGACCAGUGACUAUUCGUGACGAUGACUUUGAGUUGGCUCUGCCAGUGUCGACUCUCGACCCGGCAUCGGGUUGGCCUGCCCCUUUCCCCGUCUUCAUCCAGAUUAUCCACCUUUACGGCCGUGUAUCCGACGUCUUGAACAACAUCCGCAACGCAAACGACCUUACAUCGGAGAAGUGGGCAAAGCUUUCGCGGAUGGAGCAUGAGCUAACGAAGCUCUACCAAAAGCAAGAUCCCCGGCUACACUUCAGCGUCUCUAACUUCAAGACGUACUUGAAACUGGGACAGGGAACGAACUUCAUUCUUCUUCACUUCUGGUUCCAUGCGCUCAUCAUUAUCCUGCACCAACCUACUCUGCUCACGCCAUUUGGCUCAUUAAGGAGCACGCAUCAGCUUCUUCCUAACAGCCGCGAGCUUUCCAUGUCUAGCGCCAAAACGAUUGCCGAUAUUCUCGCCUUUGCAGAACUCAUCGACCCCAAGAGCUUCAUAGGAAACCCGUUCACGUCCCAGCCCAUGUACAUCGCUGCGUGCGCUUUCCUCAUGGAGUCUAUUGCAAACGCAUCAAACCCCACAUCGAGAGAAACAUCCCCACCAAAUGAACCAAAGAUGGAGGGUCAGAGACAGAAGCCAUCCUCGCAUGAGCAAAGGAUGUCUACAAAGCACUCUCUCCUAGCAUCAGCUGCCAACCAGAAUUACUCUCGAUGCUACAAGAGCCUCCAGCAAUUGCAUAAAUACUGGGGUGGCGUCAAGUACAUCCUGACGGCGCUUGAUCAGAAGUCAAAGGGGAUAUGGGAUUGCGAGACGUACACCAACGAGGAGUACGAGAGCGCCCGACUACCUAGGCGAGGCUCAAUCGGCGGGCGUUUCCCGCAUCCAUCAACGCCCAAUUUGCCGCCAAUAGCUUGGUCUCUUACGGGUACGACAAAUUCACCAAAUUCCAGCCUCACGCUCAUGUACCAGAACAUGCAUGCUACUCAGUCUGGCCAUCACGGCACCACGCAACCUCAUCAGUCCAACAUUCCCACAUCUGCACCUACACCCCCUGGGAACAUGAUUUAUGAUCCAAUCCGCCAGAGCUUGCCGGAGGCAGCUCCCCAUUCCAUCUUUGCCACUGCAUAUCCCCAACCCGUUAUUUCUGCCAUGCGACACACGUCGCGCCCUCACCAAUCGCAACGUUUGUCGACAUCAUCUAUGAGCCCGCCUAAUCAAGGAAGAGGCCAUCUGCAAUUUGAAGGCAUCCAGGAAGAGCACACUUCGCCUUCUACACGCAAUGCCGGGGCAAUGCUUGCUGCAACUUCACACCCGCAGCAACCGACGUCUUUCACACCUUCGUCACACAACUCGGCAGGGUAUGAUCACUCAAUGAUGCCAUCGGUCUCUCCAUCUGGCAAUAUGCACGAUGCGGUAUCGCAACAGCACCACAACGGGCAGCACAUUGCAUUUGAUCCUACGUACGCCAACGCGACAUACUCCUAUCUUGGGCAUGGCAUGGGCCCAAUCACGGAUGUCAUUACCUUUGAGAACCCGAUUGACAUCGGAGCGUUGGGUUUGCCAAACGAAAUGAUGCCACCAUGGUUGGAAUACCUUCCUGGAGAUGUAUUGGGUCUGUUUGAAAACAACAAUAUGGAUCCAGGCUCGUAA